AUGACCACCCCCAACUCUCCGGAGGCUGUGGCCGAUUCGGCCAACGGCUCCGCCACCGCGUAUGGCACGCGAUCGAGAGGUCGCAAUGCGCCGCGGCCCAACUAUGCCGAGGAUCGUGACCUAGAUGCGGACAUGGAUGCCUCCGCGCCAAAGGCCAAGCGCAACAGCCUGGCACUCACCAAUAUUGUCAACGGCUCUAAUCCCGAUGAGAAGACCUCGCUGGCGCAACCACGCAAGAGUCUGACCAAUGGCAACGGCGCAAAUGGAUCGGUAAAAGAUGCCAUUCCCGGCACUUCAUCAUUCUCCGCCAGGCCCGAUGAUGCGAAUGGUUCUAAUCUGAGAAAACGCAAACAACCCGCCAGCACCCCAAAUUCCAGCUCGGCUGCCAAGAAGAUUUUCACUGAGCCCCCUGGUGAUUCUGAUGGGGACUACUUCACCAAUAUGAUGAGCUUCGAAAACUCUGGACCCUAUCUCAAGGAUGGUCAAUUAAUAGCUGAUGAUGGCACCACUCUCGGUCUUAAUGGUGAACCGUAUUAUUUGGCUCGAAUUAUGGAGUUCCUUCCAUCCAAAACUAAGCCAAACGGUUUCAUUGAGGCAUUGAGAGUCAACUGGUACUAUCGCCCACGGGACAUCCAGCGCCAUUCUCCUGACACUCGCUUUGUUUUUGCGUCAAUGCACUCUGACACAUGUCCUCUAUCCUCGUUGCGAGGAAAGUGUGAGAUUCGCCAUGUGUCAGAAAUCGAUGACAUCAGUUCUUAUAAGAAGGCACGCAACAGCUUUUGGUACGACAAGAUGUUUGACCGAUAUAUCCAUCGAAUGUAUGAUGUUAUUCCGACAAAAGAUAUUAUUAAUGUUCCCGGCAAUGUCAAGAAGGUCCUGGAUGAGCGGUGGAAAUUCAUUCUCGUUGAGAUCGGCAAAGGGAAGGAAUUGACAGGCGCCGUCAAGACGUGCAAGCGAUGUCGUUUAUAUGCUGCAAAUUCGGAAUCCGUCGACUGUGCAGUCUGCCACUCAACAUAUCACAUGUAUUGCGUACGGCCCGCAUUGACCAAGAAACCCGCUCGAGGCUUUGCGUGGGCUUGUGCCGCCUGCAGCCGCGCUCAGGAACGCAAGCUCGAGGCACGCAAUACACCUUUGAUUAGUGGGGCUCGACCAGACGGCGAGGAUGUGGUCAUGGAGGAAGAAGAGGAGGAGGACCACCAUCAUACGAACGGCACUGCGAAUGGCAAUUCUGACGGCUCUCCCACAGCCGGGGAAGACCCUAUGCCCCAGCCUGCGACAGUGGAGCAGAUUGCACAGGCGAAAAUGUGGCCUUACCGCUACCUGGGUAUUCACUGCCGCGUCGAAGAUGCCCUUGAUUACGACGAUCGGAUCUACCCCCGUGCAAGCUCACGUUUAGGAACACGACACCAGGCCAUGGUCGCAGCUUGGCCAGGGCGUGCAAUUGAAUACGUGAAGCCUCUGGACUUGAAAAAGAAAGCAAAGGCUGCUGGUGCGAAAAAAGAUGGGAAAUCCGCUACCCAAGCUGCGCUGGAAGCCGCCAAGCAUGAGAGAGCCAACCGACCGAAAUGGAUUCAAGACGAACCGACAGGCUAUAUCCACCGUGGAAUGGAUGAACCAGUUACGAUUAACGAAAAGACUGGAAAGCAAGCGCGUACAGCCGAGCCUCUGUUCAAGAUGCCGACUUCCGAGCAGAUCCCCGCCCGAGGUGAAGACGAUGCCCCAGGAUCUCAUUUGAGCCAGGAGGAACGCGAGAAAUUCAUCGACGACUACAUGCGCCAAGCCAAGGAACUGGCUCCUGGUAUUGGUGUCGAGAAGCACAACACCAACUUCCUAGACAAGGCGCUUUCAAUUCUCUACGCCGAGAGUUUCAAUGUGCAGGCCGCUCUUGCCAAGCUGAAGAAGGUCAACAAGUACAAAGAUCUCAAAGAGCCUCAUAUUCGACCGGAUGAACUUAAGCUAUUCGAACAGGGUGUCGCCAAGUAUGGAUCGGAAUGGCGCAACAUCAUGAAGCACGUCAAGACAGUUCCCAUUUACCAGAUUGUUCGGUUCUAUUACAUGUGGAAGAAGACCCCCCGCGGUCGGCAGAUCUGGGGUAGUUAUGAGGGGAGACGCGGCAAGAAGGAGGUCCGACGCCACAGUGUCACCUCAUCCAAGCUGGUCGACGACGUGGCUGAUGAUCAUGACGAUUCUGCCUUCGACUCGGAGAAAGCGGUUGUUCAGAAGCGUGGAUUCCACUGCAAGUUCUGCUCUACUCGCAGCUCGCGACAAUGGCGUCGUGCGCCCUUGGUUCCCCCGGGUACCACCAUUCCCGCCGAGCCUUCAAACAAGAAGGACAAGGGCCCCCUACUUACUGUGUCACUCUGUCUCCGCUGCGCUUUGCUGUGGCGGAAGUACGGUAUCCAAUAUGAGGACGUUGACGAGGUCGCAAAGAGAAUUGCAAACAGCGGCAACAAGUCCUGGCGACGCCGUAUCGACGAGGAACUGCUGGCUCAGUUGAUUGUCGCCACCGAAACUCCGUUCACUAUCAACAGUAUCACGGCAACUACCGCGAAUCAAAUGGGCAUCCCGCUCGACUCGAACCCUCGACUGCUGCAGGAGGGCAAGCUCGAUCUGACAAAGAAGAAGGCUCGCCCUGAGAAGGACAGCACCGCAACUUCAACUAGGACGUCAGUUGAGCCUAUGCCGAAGAAGAAGAUGGUCCCCGAAAAGCCGGUGGAAGCUCCACCAAUUGUCCCCGAUCCACCGAAGGCCAAGACGCUACCAUGUGCCAUCUGCAACCAAGUUGAACCAUCCGGCGAGCAACAUCUUUCAUGUCGCGAUUGUCGUCUAACAGUUCAUCGCAAUUGCUACGGCGUGCGAGACUCGCGCGCUAGCAACAAAUGGCUGUGUGACAUGUGUUCUAACGACCGCAGCCCCUCGAUCUCUACCAACUAUGAGUGUGUUCUAUGUCCAGUAUCUUGGACUGAGCACGACCUUAUGGAGACGCCCAAGAACAACGCCCGGAAGAAGACCGAACGCGACAAGGAGAAGGAGCGCAUGGAGAAAGAGAUGGUCAACGAGGCUAUCAAGCUCUACCGUCAGCGGCAGGAGGCCGUUGGCAAACCCGUUGGCCCACGGGAACCUCUAAAGCGCACUGCAGGAAAUAACUGGGCCCACGUGCUUUGCACUCUGUGGACCCCGGAGUUGAAGUAUGGUGAUGCAGAGGAGCUCGAGCCAGCCGAAGGAUUCGGAUCUAUCCCCAAAGACCGUUGGCGCGAGACAUGCAAAAUAUGCAAGUCCAGCAAGGGCGCUUGUGUCUCCUGUAGCUUUACCGGCUGCAAUGGUCACUUCCAUGUUGGCUGUGCUUUCCAGGCAAAUUACCGGUUCGGCUUUGAUGUCACUCCUGUCAAGAGUUCUCGUCGCGACAGCUUGCGAGCUAUCCGCCUAGGCGAUGAAGUUGGCUCAGCAACACCUGUUGUUUAUUGCCCGAACCACAGCGUGUCAGGCACUCUGCAUGAAAUCGGCGAGCAGACUAGCACUGACCAGCUCAAUGCGCUCCAGCUGUUCGCUCAGACAUACAAGCAGGCCGAUCUUACUCUCACUGGCACCAUUCGCAAAGCGGAUUACAUGCAGCAGUCUGUUCCAGCACCGCAACACCAUGGUCACGCUCAUGCUGCAAACCGACGAGCCUCGACAAGCAUCGUACCCGUCCCCAAGGAUACACCCAAGGCCCAACCGGCUCCGAGCGAGGAUGCGCCCGAGGAUCCAAUGGAAAUCGACACAGAUAACCACGUUGUCCCGCGACGAUCUACUGAGGUUGAGACCAACCGAAAGUGUUUCCGCUGUUCAACCGGUUUUAGCCCCAAGUGGUGGACUAUUCCAAGACGCCCUGAUUACAGACCGCCUAUGUCCAACGGAACAGGACAUCAUCAUCCGCACCCGGCCUUUGCUGCCAACGGAGACCAUAGCGAACCGACCUACGAAUGCCACAAGUGCCAUCUGAAGAACCCGGCACCGCCCCCUCCGCCUGCACCUGAACCUUCGCCUGUUCCUCGCCCCUCGCCUUACUCUGAGCAACGUCAACCAAUGCCAUCCCUUCCCCGUAUGUCUGGCCAUGCAUUUGUGCCGCACCCACACCCACACCCACACCCGCACCCUGCUCCCCCGAGUGGUGUGAUUGGGCGACCAAUGCCUCCAGCUCACCCGCACAAUGGAAUUCCUGUAUCAGGCUACACCGGGCCAUACGAGCGACCCCCGCCUGACAAUGGCCUUCGUAACGGCAUGUCGUCUCCUUAUCCUGUGGCACCUCCACCUCCUCAUCACAUGAACAACUAUCCCCCGCCACCUCAUGCCGCAGGACCUCCACCACCACACUAUACCAGCGCUGGACCGGGUCCCCCACCGCCUCCUUACUCGGCACACCAGAGCCCAUAUGGACCCGUACCAGCACGCUCGCCGCAUCUCUCACAGCCACCGCCUCGUUCGUACGCGGCCUCCGCGUCUCCUCCGAUCGUGCAAGCAACAACGGUUAACCGCUCGCCACAAACCUCACUCAGCGCGCUGAACGGUGGACCGCCACCUCGCAUGUACUCUGUCGACCGCGGUCUAGGAGCCCCGUCCCACUCACCGCCGGUGACUCAAGCCCGUCUUGAUCCUCGUGGUCCUACCUCUACCCCUCCCACUCGUCCCGAGGAUACACCACCCUCUCUUAUGGCGGGACCACCCAGCGCCAGCAGACAUGCAGGUGUGAAUGGCACAAGCGCAGGAACAGGAGCCAGCGCCAGCCCCUCGCUGAAGAACCUCCUCUCAUAA